GCCGCGGUCGUUUUUAUACCUUCCCGCGCGGGCGCCGGCGCGGCCAACGGAAGGCGGGCGGGCGGCGGGGGGCGGCGCGUGCCGGGGUUGGCCGAGGCCCCGCCAUGAAGGUGAAGAUCAAGUGCUGGAACGGCGUGGCCACCUGGCUCUGGGUGGCCAACGACGAGAACUGCGGCAUCUGCCGGAUGGCCUUCAACGGCUGCUGCCCCGACUGCAAGGUGCCCGGCGACGACUGCCCGCUGGUGUGGGGCCAGUGCUCGCACUGCUUCCACAUGCACUGCAUCCUCAAGUGGCUGAACGCGCAGCAGGUGCAGCAGCACUGCCCCAUGUGCCGGCAGGAGUGGAAGUUCAAGGAGUGAGGCCCGCCGAGGAGCCGCGCGGGGACAGCCGC